AUGGCCACAACACUGGCUUCUGGAUAUGUGACACUCCUCAAGACAUCUAUAGGUAGUGGCAUUCUUUCCUUUCCUUACCUAUUCAAGACUUACGGAAUCCUCACAGGAAUUGCCUUAACAAUGGUCUCAGGCUUUUUCUCGGUACUGGGCCUCAUCCUCUAUGCAAUUUGUAGCCAGGAACUAGGAAGAACUGCUACUCUCUCAAGGCUUGCCACAGAGAGUAUGCCAUAUACAAGGAUAAUAGUCGACCUUUCUGUAUUUCUCAAGUGCUUUGGAGUUGCACUUUCAUAUCUCAUAAUCACAAGACAGCUUCUGCCAGUACUAAUAGAAACAAUCUUUGGGGCUUCAAUUCUAUCUGAUCCAAACGUUUCUCUCCUAGCAUUUAUAUCAUGCAUAGGGCCCUUUGCCUACUUCAAUAGACUGGACAAGCUAAAGUACACAUCUCUAUGUGGGGUUAUUGCAAUAGUCGUAGUGGUGAUUGCAUCACUCUACAGGUACGAAUACACCCCAGUCUCUGCAACGAAUUCCAUAGAGUAUUUUGCCCCGCUUUCCUACGCCUGGGCCGGCGGGUUCGGAAAGUUUGUAUUCUCUUUCACUUGCCACCAGAACAUAUUCGCAAUCCAUUCAGAAAUGGAGGACAACUCCUUCCCCAGAAUGAAGAGACUUAUCUACAUGGUUGCCUCCUCGGCUGCCAUCAUAUACAUUUCCUUUGGAAUCCUGAACUAUCUUCUUUAUGGAAAAGCUGUCAAAGAUAAUGUCCUAGAAAACUAUCCAAACGACGUCUUGGCUUCUGUAGUUAGAGGUUUGUACAUAGUGGUCAUGGGUGUCUCCUACCCACUCCAGGUAAAUCCUUGUAGAAGCCAUCUCAUAAACAUCAUUGCCUUUUCACAGAGAUCAGAAAAGCUCCUGAGAUUCGCCGUCACAACAGGCAUCAUCAUAUCAACAUGUCUUCUUGCAGUUUCGGGGAUGAGUCUUGGUAUCAUAUACUCAGUAAUCGGCGCAACCGCCUCCACAUUUAUGUGUCUAAUAUUCCCUGCUCUCUUCUACUUCAACAUGAACAUCACUAAACCAAAGGGACUUAUUUUCCUAUCCUAUACGGCAUUUCUGUUUGGAAUCUUCGUUUUCAGCGCAUCUCUCUUCAGCAUCAUACUUCGCAACAUCUAG